AUUGUGAAAUGCGGAGAGAAGAUAGACAAAACAAUCGAGAGACCUUGGAGAUGGAGCUCCAACUUCUUCCCCCAUCACUGUUAUUAGCCUUCUUGUUCCUUCUCGCAAUCAAAUUCCUGCUCAAGAGUCGGCGGUCGGACUCCAAACUCAGACAAGUACUCUCACCGGAGCCGCCUCUGCCUCCCGGCCCCUGGCGGCUGCCCCUCGUCGGCCACCUCCACCACCUGGUCGGCAAGCCCACCCACCGCUUGCUGCGCGACCUCGCCGCCGUCCACGGCCCCGUCAUGCUCCUCAAGGUCGGCCAGGUCGACGUCGUCGUCGUCUCCUCCACCGCAGCAGCAGAGGCCGUCGUAAAAACCCACGACGUGAACUGCGGCAACCGCCCGGAGGUCGCCGUCGCCCGCAUCGUCGGCUACGGCUGCACCGACAUCGCUUUCUCCUCCUACGGCCCCUACUGGCGCCAGAUGAAGAAGGUUUGCAUCGUCGAGAUGCUCAGCGCGCGCCGUGUCAAGUCCUUCGCCGCCGUAAGGGAGCGCAACAUACUCGACUUGACGAGGAACAUGUCCACCGGAUCUCCAGUCAACGUCAGCGAAAAAUUCAUGACCUUGAGCAGCAACAUCAUCACCGAAUCCUCCGUCGGCAAGAUAUACGACGGCUUUCUCCCGGUGGUGAGGGAGUUGAUGGAAACGCUCACCGGAUUCAGCAUCGUCGACUCCUUCCCGUCCUGGAAAUUCCUAGACGUCAUCACCGGAACAACCUCGCGGUUCUGGCAAAUCCGACGACGGCUCGACAAAAUCAUGAAUGAGAUCAUCAAGCACCACCAGACGGAGAAGAAGAGCAAUCAAUCAGAGGAGGACUUGAUCGACGUGCUUCUGAGGAUUAAAGAACAGGGCGACCUGGAAAUCCCCAUCACACUCGACAACGUCAAAGCCUGUAUAGUGGAUAUGUUCGUGGGAGGCACGGAUACCACGGCGACGACUCUGGAAUGGGCGAUGUCGGAGUUGAUGAGGAAUCCCGAGGUGAUGAACAAAGCACAGAUCGAGGUGAGGGAGUCACUGAAAGGCAAGGCAAGAGUCGAAGACGGCGACGUGGAGAAGCUGAGCUACUUGAAGAUGGUAAUCAAGGAGACGCUGAGGCUGCACGCACCGAUCCCGCUGCUGCUGCCGAGGAUGGCAAAGCAGAGCUGCGAGGUGAUGGGAUUCAAGAUUCCGGAAGAAAGCAGAGUGCUGAUCAACGCGUGGGCCAUGGGGAGGGACCCGGAGUACUGGGAGGACGCGGAGAGCUUCUGGCCGGAGAGGUUCGCCGGAAUUGAGACGGACUACAAGGGGACGUACCUUGAGUACGUGCCGUUCGGCAGCGGGAGGAGGUUAUGCCCGGGGUACCAGUUCGCCAUGGCCACCAUGGAACUGGCGUUGGCGCAGAUGCUCCUCUGCUUCGACUGGGAGCUGCCUGGCGGGAUGAGGCCGGAGGAGCUGAACAUGGAGGAGAUGUCUGGGUCGACGGCGUCCAGGAAAUCGGCCCUGUGGCUGACUGCUACCGCUCGAUUUCCUCCGCCCGCUUGAGACCGUAUCUUAUCUUCUAAGCAUGUUAUUUAUACUUUCCUCUAAUUUGUAUUAGUGCUAAUUACUUGUGUUUACUAAACCCCAACUGGUGGUUAAGCUUAAGACAGUAUUACAGAAUCAAAACUCCAAGUUGUUCUGUAACAAUAAUAUAUAUCAUAGUCCAUUGGGACGCUCAGAUCAACUCUAGGAAGGAUUCUAUAUCAUAAAUCAAGUUUGUUCUAAA